ACCAGUGUAGAGAGUCUUUCUCCAUUAUUUUCACUUCGUCAACCACACCUCGGCUCUCGUUAUGAAGAUCUCCCUGUUUGUCGUAGCGUUAUGCCUCUUUGCUGUCCGUGGCGGAGUCGCUGAAGACGACGACGGUGGUGCCGCGGCAGAGAAGACGGGCGGGUUGGAUAGUGUCCAAGCUUUGAAAGAUCUUCUCACGCGUUUAAGCAGCGAUUCUGAUGAAGAAACCUCGGAAGAGGUUGACAAGGAUUGGAGAGAUGAUGAGCUUGAUGACACAAAUGACGGAGCUCGAGGUGAUGAAGGUGACGAAUUUCUCGACGAAGAGGACGAUGUAGAUGACGAAGAAGGGAACUAUGGAGAUGAUGAAGAAGACGACGGCAUAUGGGAAGAGGGUGACGGCGAAUUAGCAGAUCUCUCCGACCCGUCAGUCGAUGUGGACACCCGAAGAGCUUGUAAGAUGGUAUGCCGCAACUACCCAAGAUCCUUCCGAGUUAAAAAACGAUGCGGCAAUCUAUAUACCGCUAAGAAAGGAAGUCUUCAAACUUGUGGACGCCUGCGCCCUAGUUAUUACCGCGGUAGUGUUUUCUACAGAUACUAUGUCAGCAUUGGGAAAUACAAAGCAAAAUGUUUGAAAAACGGUCGCUAUGGGCUCUGUAAAAGCAGGAGUCCAAAGACAUUUUUCAACAUCACGGACUACUAUGUUCUCAUUUAA